UUGCACCGAUCGCUCGCGCGCAGCGCGGCGUAGCCCCGCGCGGUGCUCGCUCCUCCCUCCCUCCUCCCGCUCUGUGGCUCCCGCGCUCCCGGCGAGUCUCCGGCACCGCGCGCGCGGAGCGGCGCACAGACAGGCGGCCCCGGGACGCCUCGGCCCGCGCCUCCUGGGCGGGCUAUGUUGAUUGCCCCGCCGGGGCCGGCCCGCGGGAUCAGCACAGCCCGGCCCGCGGCCCCGGCGACCAGCGGGGACUAUGAACCGGAAAGCGCGGCGCUGCCUGGGCCACCUCUUUCUCAGCCUGGGCAUGGUCUACCUCCGGAUCGGGGGCUUCUCCUCGGUGGUAGCUCUGGGCGCGAGCAUCAUCUGUAACAAGAUUCCAGGCCUGGCUCCCAGACAGCGGGCGAUCUGCCAGAGCCGGCCGGACGCCAUCAUCGUCAUAGGAGAAGGCUCCCAAAUGGGUCUCGACGAGUGUCAGUUUCAGUUUCGCAAUGGCCGGUGGAACUGCUCAGCCCUGGGGGAGCGCACCGUCUUCGGGAAGGAGCUCAAAGUGGGGAGCCGGGAGGCCGCCUUCACCUACGCCAUCAUUGCGGCGGGCGUGGCGCACGCCAUCACGGCGGCCUGCACCCAGGGCAACCUCAGCGACUGCGGCUGCGACAAGGAGAAGCAAGGCCAGUACCACCGCGACGAGGGCUGGAAGUGGGGCGGCUGCUCGGCCGACAUCCGCUACGGCAUCGGCUUCGCCAAGGUCUUCGUGGACGCCCGCGAGAUCAAGCAGAACGCGCGCACGCUCAUGAACCUGCACAACAACGAGGCGGGCCGCAAGAUCCUGGAGGAGAACAUGAAGCUGGAGUGCAAGUGCCACGGCGUGUCGGGCUCCUGCACCACCAAGACGUGCUGGACCACGCUGCCGCAGUUCCGCGAGCUGGGCUACGUGCUCAAGGACAAGUACAACGAGGCGGUCCACGUGGAGCCGGUGCGCGCCAGCCGCAACAAGCGGCCCACCUUCCUCAAGAUCAAGAAGCCCCUGUCCUACCGCAAGCCCAUGGACACGGACCUGGUCUACAUCGAGAAGUCGCCCAACUACUGCGAGGAGGACCCGGUGACGGGCAGCGUGGGCACGCAGGGCCGCGCCUGCAACAAGACGGCCCCCCAGGCCAGCGGCUGCGACCUCAUGUGCUGCGGCCGCGGCUACAACACCCACCAGUACGCCCGCGUGUGGCAGUGCAACUGUAAGUUCCACUGGUGCUGCUACGUCAAGUGCAACACGUGCAGCGAGCGCACCGAGAUGUACACUUGCAAGUGAGCGGCGCAGGGCGCACGCGCGGGGCUGCCAGCCGGCUGCGGGGGCGGACCAGACAGUCGCCCACGCGGCCAUCUCCCCGGCUGGAGAGCCUCCCAGGGAACCUCGAUGUGCUGUUUCUACUGAGGAGGGCACUGCCCCGGCCCCCCAGGUCCCUGCAGACCCGGCGGGAGGCACCGCGCGCCCUCGAAGAUCCUGUUCCACAUCCAAUGCUGCUCCACCCUCCCCAGACACCGCCCGGGUCCCUGCGUGGCUGGGACGCAGCCUGGCACGGCAGCAACUCUGGACCUUGGGGCCUCAUCAUAGCAAUAUUUAACAAUUUAUUCUGAUAAAAAAAAUAAUAUUAAUUUAUUUAAUUAAAAAGAAUUCUUCCACCUCGUCUGGAUCCGUUUUCUGCAAUCAAAGUGGACGGCUUGCUUUCCUGGCGGGAUGAUUUUUGUCGCUAAGACCGGGAACCCGGUAGAACUGUCCAGAAUGAUUCUUUAUGCAGAUAUUUCUCCUAGUUGAUUUUGCAAGGACCCCGGUUCCCCCGGCAGCACUAGGAAGUCCAAAGAGCAGACACCCCGAUCCACAGACACCCAGACACGUAGACACACGUUUAUAUAUUUUUUGGCUGUUUGCUGCUACUUAGAUGGACACUUAAACUGGUCCAGAUUUUUGGAGAUUUUUUUUUCCCAGAGUAUGUUUCCUACCUUUUUGCUCCUUGCCCUGUUCAAACUUCACCAUUAGGAGAAAAAAACAAGAAAUCCAGUUUGAAAUAAAGACAGAGAGAGGAGAGAGAGAGAAGGAGAGAGGAAUGAUCAUAAUAACCGGUUCCCAGAAGAUUCCAUCUCUUUGGAAAGUGAGCCACUGGAUGAGAGAGAAUAUUUUGGCAGAGACUAUUUUUAUAUGAAUAUUUUAUUUAUAUUGAGUCUGCCUGGACCCCGCCAUGGUCUCUGCUGCUUCUUAAUGCUGACACUCACUUUGGGGUCAGGAGAGGCAAGGUCAGGGCGUGGGGUCAGGCCCCGGGCACGCGCACGCUGGGUUCUAGAGUCCCGCGCUCGCCACGGGGCCAGGGCAGCCCCCAGCUACCUGGGGCUGGGGUGGCAUCACAGUAACUGAAAGAAAUCAAAGCCCCGGCCUUAGCCGUCCGCUCAGGCCUUUGAGAAGGUCACCGAUGUGGCCAGGCUGGUACCCCCCCCACGUUGUGUGACCACGCAGGGACAUGGUCAGCUCAGGGUCCCCUGCAUCUCCCCAGGACAGCUGCCAGCGCCUGAGACCUGGAAGGAAGGUGCGGUGCUCCCAGGAGGGGCAGGUGGCAGGAGGGCCGGGAGCUGCCGAGCCCAGAGGGACUUUGGGGAUGUCACACUCCUGGGGGCCACUGGCCGGGAAGGUGUGGGGACGGCCUCACUGCCGGGGUCCAGCUCUGCCCAGGGAAGUUCUGCAGGAGGCUCGGUGUCCCCACCCGCGUCUGCCUGGGCUGCCCCUGCGUGCGCUCGGGUGACCUUAGGGAGGCUGCAUGGAGCCCCGGGACCCGGCACCUGAGCUGCCCCCACGUGCUCCCGCCUGGGUGCUCCUGGCAGCUCCGGCCACCGUGCGUGUCUGUGUGGCCAGAGCUGAGGUCCCGUGAUACUGCUGGCCACCUGGGUCCCCCGGGGUGUCCGUGUCUGCCGGGGAGGGUCUGCAGGGGAGGCAGGUGGCGGGGGACACGCGGCCAUGACGUGCAGCACUGUGAACUGUCCCUACCGCCGCUGCGGACAC